AUGGGCUCUGGCAGGACGGGCGGGAAGAGGUUGCUGCAAGCCCCUCAGUAUUCUCACCACUGGACGCUCUGGCCGAAUUGGGCGAGGCAGAUCAGAGUUCUCGUGCCGCCCUGCAUCACCGCCUUAACCUCCGCUGUUCUGCAUAUGUUCCGAUGUCUGUUGACAUGCGAGUUCCCCGAGCAAAGGUCAUGGCAUCGACACCAAUUGUUCCGGGUUUAA